ACUUUAAGGUACAGUAUAUAAACUAUGCGUACAAACAUUAUUUGUACUACAAACUAUGAUACAGUAUUAACUUCAGUAUAAUCCGUCUAGUAACAUCUAUAAUUAUGACUCACCUUAAACUAUUAAUAUGCAUCGCAGCCGUGUUGACCAUGUCAUGCAUGGCCAGGGAUGACAGUCAGGCGUUGACAGCACCCAUGGGUUGGCUAUCGUGGACUCGCUAUGCCUGCGAAACCGACUGCAAACGGUAUCCCAAGGGCUGUAUCGACGAACACCUGUACAGAGCGCAGGCGGACGCUAUGGCCGCCGACGGGUACAGAGAGUUGGGCUAUAAUUAUAUCAAUAUUGACGACUGUUGGAGCGAAAUGGAAAGGGAUGCCCAAACGCACCGCUUGGUGGCCAACAAACAACGUUUCCCAAGUGGUAUGAAAGCGUUGGCGGAUUAUGUCCACUCCAAGGGACUCAAGUUAGGCAUUUACGGCGAUGUGGGGCCUAAAACAUGCGCCGGAUAUCCGGCACAAAAUGGUGUGAAUGGUAGCAAUUAUUUCGCUUUGGACGCCAAGACCUUUGCCGAGUGGGGUAUCGACUCAUUCAAGUUUGACGGUUGUAAUGAAGACGCGCAUCAUUUUGACGAUCUCUUUCCCAAAAUGGGUAAAGCGCUCAACGAAUCCGGUCGCCAUAUACUAUACAUAUGCGAGUGGCCAUACUAUCAAUUCCAACACAAAGAUAUCAAGAUUAAUUAUCAAGCAAUCGCCGAUACGUGUCACGUGUUUAGAAACUAUAACGAUAUUUGGCAGAAUUGGCCCUCCAUUGAAAACAUUAUUAACUUUUACGGCGAUAACUAUGAUUUAUUUGACAAACAUCACGGUCCCGGACAUUUCUUUGACCCAGAUAUGGUAGUGGUUGGUGACUACGGUAUGUCACACGAACAAAGUCGCACCCAAUUCGCGCUGUGGGCCAUGUUUUCUGCGCCAUUGUUUUUGUCCAACGAUUUGCGCGACAUUUCGCCCGAAGACAAGAAAAUACUACAAAAUAAGGCCAUUAUUGCAGUAAAUCAGGACAAAAAUGCAUUUAUGGCCAAACGUGCAAACUGGGACCAGGCAUGGGCAAAACGGGUUGAGCCCAAAGUAAAUGGACAAUGGUCGUACGCCAUACUCUAUAUUGACACAAACGGUAUUGGUGAAAAACAUUACAGAUCACAUAAGGUGUCCGAAUUGAUUCCAGAGGCAAAACCCGGUACUGAAUACGUGGUUCACGACCUAUACCUCGAUGAGGGCAAAGAGAUUUUGGGUACACUUAAAGCGGCCGAUAAUCUCGAGUUAUUAGUGAAAACGGGCGGCUCGUGUCGUAUGGUUAAACUCGUGCCUAAAAAAUAA